ACUCCAACCCGGAACUAGCCUCGGCUCUGGCUCCCUUGGGAAGGCCGCGGCGCCUUGUCGGGAGUGGGAGCCUGCCUGGGCUGUGAGUGCGGGCCACGGGAGCCAAGUCUCGGGCAGAGGAACACCUUCGUCCUCAGGGGCCUCAGACCAGGUGUGCCCUUGGCGGGAAGUUGCACAUCUGGAAAGUACAGAGGCCCCCACCUCGGGUAGACUAUGGCGCCCCCGCGGAAUGUAGUGAAGAUCGCCGUCCAGAUGCGCGACGCCAUCCCGCAGCUCAUCCAGCUGGACCAGGCGAAACCCCUGGCCGCUGUGCUGAAGGAGGUGUGCGACGCGUGGAGCUUGCCUCACUCUGAGCGCUAUGCCCUACAGUUUGCUGAUGGGCACAGGAGAUACAUCACUGAGAACAACCGCACGGAGAUCAAGAAUGGCAGCAUCCUGUGCCUCAGUACUGCCCCAGACCUUGAGGCUGAGCGGUUGUUGCGUGGGCUGCAGAGCGAGAGUUGUGAAGGGCGCCGGGAAGCCCUUCGGCACCUCGUCCUGCUGGCCCCAGACAUGACCUUCACCCGGGAAGUCAUCAGCCGUGAUGGGCUUCAGAGACUAGGCUCCAUCAUUGAGGAUGGGGACGACCUAGGAGAGGUGCUGGCCCUCGCACUGAGGGCCUUCUUGGAGCUCAUGGAGCAUGGCGUGGUGUCCUGGGAGACGCUCAGCAUCCCCUUUGUUAGGAAGGUGGUGUGCUAUGUGAACAUGAACCUCAUGGAUGCAUCUGUGCAGCCCCUGGCCCUGGGGUUGCUGGAGAGUGUGACCUUGAGCAGCCCUGCCCUGGGCCAGCUGGUCAAGAGCGAGGUGCCACUGGAUAGGCUGCUGGUGCACCUACAGGUGAUGAACCAGCAGCUGCAAACCAAGGCCAUGGCACUGCUGACAGCUUUGCUGCAGGGGGCCAGCGCUGCUGAACGUAAGCACAUGCUUGACUACCUGUGGCAGAGAAACCUUCGCCAGUUCAUCUACAAGAACAUCAUCCAUAGUGCAGCGCCACUGGGCGACGAGAUGGCUCACCACUUGUACGUACUGCAGGCCCUUACGCUGGGGCUGCUGGAGCCGCGCAUGCGGACGCCACUGGACCCCUACAGCCAGGAGCAGCGGGAGCAGCUGCAGGCCCUGCGUCAGGCUGCCUUUGAGCCGGAGGGGGAGUCCCUGGGCCCUGGGCUGAGUGCUGACCGUCGCCGUUCCCUCUGUGCCCGCGAGUUCCGCAAACUGGGCUUCUCUAACAGCAACCCUGCGCAGGACCUGGAGCGCGUGCCCCCUGGCCUGCUGGCCCUGGACAACAUGCUCUACUUCUCCAGACACGCGCCCAGCGCCUACAGCCGGUUUGUGUUGGAGAACAGCAGCCGUGAGGACAAGCACGAGUGUCCCUUUGCCCGGAGCAGCAUCCAGCUGACUGUGCUGCUGUGUGAACUGCUCCAUGUCGGGGAGCCCUGCUCCGAAACUGCCCAGGACUUUUCGCCCAUGUUCUUUGGCCAAGACCAGAGCUUCCAUGAGCUCUUCUGUGUGAGCAUUCAGCUGCUGAAUAAGACCUGGAAGGAGAUGCGGGCCACUCAGGAAGACUUUGACAAGGUCAUGCAAGUGGUACGGGAGCAGCUGGCCCGCACGCUGGCCCUGAAGCCCAGCUCCCUGGAGCUCUUCCGAACCAAGGUAAACGCACUCACCUACGGGGAGGUCCUGCGCCUGCGGCAGACAGAGCGGCUGCAUCAAGAAGGCACACUGGCCCCUCCCAUUCUGGAGCUGCGGGAGAAGCUGAAGCCAGAGCUCAUGGGCCUGAUCCGCCAGCAGCGUUUGCUCCGCCUCUGUGAGGGGACACUCUUCCGCAAGAUCAGCAGCCGACGGCGCCAGGACAAGCUGUGGUUCUGCUGCCUGUCCCCCAACCACAAGGUGCUGCAGUAUGGGGAUGUGGAGGAGGGCGUCGGCCCGCCCGCCCCCGAGAGCCUGCCUGAGCAGCUCCCUGUGGCCGACAUCAGGGCACUGCUGACAGGCAAGGACUGCCCCCACGUCCGGGAGAAGGGCUCGGGAAAGCAGAACAAGGAUGUCUGUGAGUUAGCUUUCUCAGUCAGCUAUGACCACGGGGAGGAGGAGGCAUACCUCAACUUCAUUGCCCCAUCCAAACGGGAGUUCCACCUGUGGACAGAUGGGCUGAGCGCCCUGCUGGGCAGUCCCAUGGGCAGUGAGCAGACACGGCUGGACCUGGAGCAGCUGCUGACCAUGGAAACCAAGCUGCGGUUGCUGGAGCUGGAGAAUGUGCCCAUCCCUGAGCAGCCACCCCCCGUCCCCCCGCCCCCCACCAACUUCAACUUCUGCUACGACUGCAGCAUUGCUGAACCUUGACAGUGAGGUUGGCCAAGGGCCACAGCUGCUGCCACUGUGGUGGCCACAAAGGGUGGAGGUGGGGAGAAGCACAGGCACCCUGACCAGCAGAGGCUGCAGCAGAAAUAAAGUCUGCUUGGCUCUUA